AUGUCAUCAGACUUGAAGUACCUUGCUGCCUACCUUCUUUUGACCACCGGUGGUAACGCCGCCCCCACCGCCAAGGACAUCACUGAGGUCCUCGCCUCUGUUGGUAUUGAGGCUGAGGAGGAGCGCGUUUCUGCUCUUCUCGCUGAGCUCGAGGGCAAGGAUAUCCAGGAGCUUAUUGCUGAGGGUACCGCCAAGCUCGCUUCUGUUCCCUCUGGUGGUGCUGUUGCCGCUGCUGGUGGUGCUUCUGCCGCUGCUGGUGGUGAGGCUGCUGCCGCUGAGGAGGAGCCCGAGGAGGAGGCCGAGGAGUCUGACGACGACAUGGGUUUCGGUCUUUUCGACUAA